AUGGGUGCUAACAACUCAGUUAUUGAUACCGAAGUCCCUCUGUUCUCUGAAAAAUUUCCAAACAUCACCAUCAGACCUCUCAACCCGCACACAACAACGGCUCAACCAGAUCGAGAGUCAAAUAAAACAGCAGGUACUUCACAUGGCCACAACCAAGUUCGUACGACGUCUGUCACAAGAGAUGGCAUCUCAUCCAAGGCUCACCCCCAACCGAGACGGCUGCCUCCAGUCGAAAGCCGCGAGACGGUCAAAUCACAAGCUUUCCAACUCACUCGUUGGCGCAUCGUCGAUGAGACAGACGAGCUCUACGAGUCGUGCGAAAUCGGCAACUCGGAAAGUCCUGCCGUGUCACGCAAUUCAUUGACGAUUUCCAGCAAUUCUGAUUUCGACAUAAAGCCUUCAUUGGCAGAAAUUGAUGAAGCCUUGGCUAGAUAUCAAGCACAUCCUCUCUCAAAUCCCGAAAAGGCUGGUUCACUUCUUUCUCCGAUUAUCUUAGAUGCUUCACCAGCCAAACUCAGACAGUCGUCCCUGGACAAGCAUUCCUUGAAAUCCUCACCGGCCAAUCCCAAACAGUCCCCCCUCAACAAACGCUCCCUGAAUCCCUCGCCGGAGCCAAAGAGGAAACGCCGCCUUAUCCCAACAAAACGAGCGGUCGAAAUUGCUAACCAGAAAUUCGAGAGGUUCGGUGGCAUGAGAGAUUACCUGCAGAACCAACCUACAGCGCCUCGGGCCCGUCCGUCGACGUACAGCCAGGAAGAGUUUGGAUUCGUCAACCCAUUCCCAGAUGGCUUCCCUCUCUCCGACGAGGAAGGUCACUUGCGUCCAGAGGCACAUCCUGGUUCAUGUCUGUACCAGGACUCUGACGAUGAAGACGAAGGGUAUUGGUCAAAGGUGGUCAGCCCGGUGGAUUCUGCGGAAACGCCAGAAGAAGAACAAGCACGCCUGAAGGAGCUGUUGUCAAGAUUUCACAAACGUAAACAGACGGGCGCCAAAUCAAGCGCGAAAAUAAAGACUGAAGUGGAUGAAGGUCUCUUGAAAUUGGCCCGUGAAUACAUGCACAGGUAUGAAGAAGCUGGGGCUGAGCGGAGCAGACAGCUCCGAGAGAAGGCCCUACGGCGACGCGGACUUCUCCCGACUCUAGAAAACUCCGCUCUCGAAGGAGACUCAAGCUCGGACCACGGCAAGACUCUGUCUGACACCGGCGUCGACAAUGGUUCAAACAGAGAAAGAGACUCAAGUUUAGAACAUAUUAAGACACUGUCUCACGCCGGCGCCGAGAAUGGCUUCAACAGUGGCCUGUUCUGUGACGACGACUGCCAAGCCCAAAGUGUCGAGGACGUUUUGGACAUUGCACAAGAACACGACAUGGAGAACCGAAAGCCCAUUCAGUCAGAGGUACGCGACAAUUUGAAGACAGACCGGCACACUCCCUGUAAGGGGCCCACCACGCAAAAUCCUGCCUCACGUGCAGCUGCGGAGCGAUUUCGGACGCAAAGCCGACAUUUGAGUGACCACCACGAACCUCAAACCCAUGACAAUGAGUCUGCUGCAAGUUUCAACUCGAGAGAUAGUCAUAUUCUAAGCUCGAGCUCUGAGGGUCUGUGUCUACGAGCAAAGGAAGAGCGCUUGCGCGAGGCGAAAAAGCCAGGUGUUUCGCCGCUUAUGGCUAAGGGGGUGAGCAAUCCUCCCUCAAACGAUCAGUGCAUCACAGAUGACGAAAUCAAUCCUAGAGCUCGAAGCAACCGUCCUCAGGUGGCGAAUGAUCGCGCGAGAGCCUUGAAGCUGGAAACAGAACAGCAGGAAUCACAAGUCAGUGCUAGUGCAGGAAACGAAACGAACUGCAAUCCAUCCAUACGGAAGCCUUCUGGCCGUGAGAUGAUGGGACAGGAGCGAAACGCCGUCAUCGAACAGAAGCGAGCCGUUGUCACCGAACAGAAGCGAGAUGCUGUAAUUGAACAGGAGCGAAACGUCGUCAUGGAAAAAAACCGAGACGCUGUCGUUGAACAGAAGCGAAACGAUGUUGAACAAAAGCGCGACACUGUCAUUGAACAGAAAGAGGAGAUGAUUUUCCCGGGUCGACGUCUUUCCGGCCUAGAGACGCUUGUAGCCAAGCGAGGAGCUGCCAGUGAACAGAGCCUCGACGUGAAGCCCGUUGAUCGACCUCUGUCUGGCCUGGAGAUGCUCGCAGCCAAGCAGGGAGCUGUCAGUCAACAGAAACCCGACCCGGAACCCGUUGCUCGACCUCUUUCUGGGCUUGAGAUGCUGGCAGCAAAGCAAGGAGCUGGCAGGGAACAGAAAGUCGACUCGAAACCCGUUGCUCGACCUCUGUCUGGGCUGCAGACGCUGAAUUCUAGAGGCACAGAAUCCCAACCCAGGCAAGAAAAUGGCGUACGCCCGUCAACGUCCAUUACUCCAGGUCCCAAUAAAGGCUUAACGCUGCCCAAAAGCUUUGACCAACUCUCCGAAGAAGAGAAAGACGUGAUUGUCCAGCACGAAAUCGCAAAAGAGAGAAAGAGAGACCUUGACGCUCUUGGGAGUGUUUUUUGGGUAUUCGCACAGUUACGGUGCUUUCCCGACCGCGAGAUAACCGAAAGAACUAUGCAGAGAGAAACUAACGAGCUUUACGAUAUCGGGAAGUUUAUUGCCAUAGUAAUUGAGCAGGGGAAGCCUGGUAAGAUGCGAAGGGUGCGCGUCCAGGAUAUCCGUGAGAACAUCCGCAGACGCAUACAAAAAACACUGGCAGACGGCUCAGAAGAGCCUGACGACGUUACAAUUAUGACUGAAAUGAGGCGGACCUUCAGUCAGAAGCAUAUUGAUUUCAUCAAUGACGAAACACCCAAAGUGCAAGCGGAAAUCGACCAUUGGGGAUAUCUACGGAGUGAAUAUAGCAGCAAGCGGCACAAUUCGAGGCCGAGAGAGCAUAGAAAGAAAGAGCGACCAAAGGAGCGGACGGAUGAGAAGUCCAGUAAGAAACAAGUCCGAUUUGCUGCUGAGGAGAAACGCACUACCCAAAACAAGCGACCUAAGGGUCAAGGGAAAACAGUCGAGAAGCGACAAACGCAAGCCGAUCGCCAGGAGCAACUUAUCGAAAAGCUAAGAGCUCAACUGAAACGCUUUGAGACGGCCGAUGCAGAAGACUUGGCUGAACUUCAGAGUCAAGUUGCUGAAAUCGAAGCAGAGCUUGAGCGCGAAAAACAGGAAGAUGAUGAAAGCGAAGAGGAUGACGGUGCUGAAUUCGUCUUUGGAGCUGGACAAGAAACCGUACCGGCGCCGGCUAAAUCUCCCAGUCAAACCACUCAGGAACCAACCACGGAUGAGGAACAGGAGCUUCAAGAAAUCAACCGUUUAGAAGAUGCACGCCAGAGAGAGUCAGCUGAUACACCAGGAGCUGGCCAACAGCGGCCUGACGCAGAACUCUUGAAACGGAUGCAGCUCAAAAAGAGCCUGCCCAAUCCGAGUCAGAGCUUUGACCCAGAGCUUCUGCGACAAAUGCAGUUCAGGAGGGAGCAGCAGCUAGAGGCAGCAACAGACUCUACGAUCAUUGAUCGAGCUGCUGUGGGAGAGUCAGAUAGUGAGGCCGAGGCGGCAGACGAAUACGCUUCUGAUGAUGAUGAUACGGACGAAGACGAAGAUCGCCAAGUUCACCGGUACACUGUCUGGGGGACGUUCGUGGGGAUGGAAAUUUACAAAGACGCCGACCACUAUUACUUGAUGAAGACAUAUGACGCCACGAAGGCGGAGGCUAAAGUCAGGGAGAUCAUCUCCGGCAUCCACCAACAUGUAUUGAAGAAUGGUACGGUCCUCGAUCAUUUGACGGUGGUAACGGAGUGGCAUCACGGGUUGAUGGAGCAGCACAUUGCGGUCGGCGAAAGCGCUACGACCAUCGCAAGAGCAUGGGUGGAGUGCGACCUGGUGGAUUUGAACAGAAAGGCGUUCCGGGCUGCAAAACGCCAAGGAGCGGUAAAACAGGUCACUACAUUUGCGGUUCAUUGGGAAAAGACCAUUACUCCGGUCGCUAGCGGCGCCGAAGAAGAGGCCGAGAACGAGACCACGACCGCCGACUCAGACGGGAUUGACGACCUCUUUGAAGAGCCUGCAGAAGACAAAGCCAAUUCGACAUCGCAAGCCACAGCGCCAGUCACGACGACCAUCCCGCAAGACGAGAUUCAACACUUCACGACGCCGAUCCUGGCAAACCGCCACGCUAAGGCAGUCUAUCUGACCUGGCACAACACUUUCCUCCCGGGAUGGCAGAACGAGGGCUAUCGCCAGCUCGAGAGCGACUCGAUGGAGGAGUAUCUGGAGACGCUGGGCAGCUGGGGCCUGUUUUUCCGCGAGGAGAGCUUUGAGCGCGCCGAGGUCGACGAGGGUGGCGGUCCGGGGAGACGAGUGGAGGAGAAGUUCAAAGUCUGGGUCAAGAAGAUUGCGGUCAGUGGGCCGGGGAAUUGA